UGCCAGAAGGUUACUUUUGUAACCUUUUAGGUGAUUUUUUGACUGCAUUGGUUACUUUUAGGUUACAUUAAUAAAAAGGUUACUUUUACGUGAUGUUUAGGAAUUUUUAGAAAUGACUUACAAUUUCGUGUACCUAAAACAAAAAGGUCGUUAAAUCAAGAAAUGCGGACAAGUGCUCAAGAACUCAUUGAUGUUACUGUGUCAAUUCAACUAACAUUCUAUUAAAUUUUAAUACUUUUCCAGUAAAAAAUAUGAAUAGAUUGUUAAACAAGGGGCUGAACAGACCCAUUGUAUAACAGGUGUUUCCUUUUUGUUCAAUCUUCAAAAUAAGGUCACAAUUCUCACUAAAAAUGAAGAUGUCACAAUUGACGUUGUGAAAUAAGUAAGUUGCAGUAACAUUGAAUUUCUUAAAAAAGUAUGAAUUAUUAUUCACGUCAAUUGUUUUUUAAAUUCUUGCUCUUUAAUUUUAUUUUUCUUAUUCCAUGAGGAAAAUUCAAACAAUCAGGGCCUUAAAUAAGAUGAUAUUCUGUCUGAUGAUGAUGAGUAGAGUAGUAGAGUAACAUCUUCUUCGGUAUAAAGUAAUUUAGUACUUGUGAAGCGGCAAACUUGGCUAGUAUUCGUAACAGACAGAUAUUAAAAAAAAAAUACUUUAGCCCCUAGAGGCUGAAAUGGUGGUUUAGCCAUGCUGUGGAACGAAAAAAGCAAGAGUAGUUAGUGAAAAGGUUACUUUUUAGACAAAAAGGUUACUUUUUUUAAUAUUUCGGGUAACUUCUCACAAGACUCAUCUGGCAACACUGGUCCAGUUCCGACCGCGCGUCGCCGAGAACAAGACGUCUGUUCGUUUCGCGCCAUUUUUUUACAACUUUUUGUUCGCGGAACAUAAGAGUUUCAGGAUGCCUCGGAACAGGAACCAAGGAUUGAAGGUGAAUUGGAGCCAAAAUGACAUAACCAGAGCAUUCAAACUUGUCGAGGAAGGGACUCCAAUAAGAGAGGCAGCGCGGUUUACUGGUAUCCCAUUUUCGACACUCCAAGAACGACUAAAAAAAAAGAACUCUGAAUUGCCGUCUCUUGGACGAAAUCCUGUGUUCUCUAAAGAACAAGAGGCAGAAAUGGCAGAGCAAGUUAAAUUUCUAGGCAAGAUAUUUUAUGGGUGUACUUCAAUACAAAUAAGGAAGAUGGCGUACGAGUAUGCUGAUAAAAAUAAUUUGAUGCAUAACUUCAAUAAAAAUCUUGGCAUGGCUGGAAAGGACUGGCUAAUGGGUUUUAUGAAAAGAAAUAAUUUAUCAAAUCGUAAAGCUGAAGGCACCAGCCUAAACCGUGCAACUGCAUUCAACAAGGAUGAAGUUGGUUUAUUUUUUAAAUUACUUGGGGAGUUGAUGGAAAAAUAUAAGUUUUUGCCAAGAAAUAUUUAUAAUGUGGAUGAAACCGGAUUCUCUUUCGUUCAAGACCCAGGUAAAAUUGUAACUGAGAAAGGUCAAAAACGAGUGGGCUCUAUAACUUCGGGUGAAAGAGGGAAAAAUGUAACGGCUGUAUGUGCAGUAAGUGCUACUGGUGUUUACAUUCCACCAAUGUUAAUAUUUCCCCGCCAGAGACAUUCCCCAGCACUAGAAAACGAUGGUCCACGUGGCGCUAUAUACAGGUGCUCAAAAAACGGGUGGAUAAAUGAAGAGUUGUUUGUGGCCUGGUUAAAACAUUUCGCUAAUUUUACAAAACCGUCAGAAAACGAACCCAUACUGCUUAUCUUAGACAAUCACUCUAGUCAUAUAUCUCUGAGGACGUAUGAGUUUUGUAAAACUAACAACAUAGUAAUGUUGUCAUUACCGCCACAUGGAUCUCAUAGAAUUCAGCCUUUAGAUGUCUCCAUUUAUGGUCCAUUUAAAGCUGCCUAUAAACAAGAGUGCAAUCUUUUGAUGAAAACAGAAUUGGGGCGAAAGAUCACCCAAAACGAUAUUGCCUCGCUUUUCAGAAAAGCAUUCCAAAAAAUUGCAACCAUUCCAAAGGCCGAAGCAGGAUUCGCUUCUACCGGUAUAUAUCCCCUGAACCCAGACAUAUUUACAGAAGAAGAUUUUUUGGCUGCUGAAGUUUUGAAUAGUAGUGAAUUGGUAGUAUCGAUAGAAGAGAGGCGCGAAAUGGACAAUAAAACUCCGGAUCAAAUCAUUCAACUAACCAUAGAGCACAAUAUAUCAGCACCUGGUUCACCAUCGCUUCUUAAUGAUUACAACUCAACAGAUAUAAUUCUUUCCACUCAAGUUUCACAAUCAAUAGCAAUAGAUCAUUCAGUUCCCACAACUUCAGGAGUAACCGCCAAAGAUCUUUUAUCAGUUCCGAAAAAACUCGUUAAUAGUAAGAAUGCUCGAAAACAGCAUGCAAAAGUUCUCACUAGCACUCCUUAUAAAGAAGCCUUACAAGAAAAAGAAGAGAGACGAGCAACAAGAGAAAAGAAGAAAGAAAAUAAAGGAGGUGUUAAAAGAAAGUCAGGAAAAAAGUCGACAAUGAAAGUACCAGUUAAAAUGUCAAUAAAGAAGGUGAAAAAGAAAGUUCUUCAAGAAAGUAAUUGUGAAACUUCGUCGGAUUCGGAAAUUGACAUGAUAGAUGUACGUGAUGAUGAUGAUGACACCGAUAUCGAAGAUCUUCAGAAUAAGUGUAUACUAUGCGACGAUUAUGGCCAGAACAACGAACUUUGGUACAGGUGUGUUCAGUGUGGACUUUGGGCUCACGCUGAAUGUUCGGGCUGUGAAUCGCCCGAAGGAUACGUAUGCGAUUUGUGUCGCUAAAAGUCUGACCGGUAAUGUCGUUCUGCUGACCGGUAUUACCAUCCAUAUCGGGCAAUGGUGGUCAAACAUAUUUUUUUUUUAAACGUGUUUUUGUGUUGUAAUUUUAUUUACUAUUGAUCUCAUUGCUUGUGAUUAUCCUAAAAUAUAAGUUAAAGUUACGUUUGCAUAAGAGUUUUUGAUUAAAAGGUUGAU